AUGCCUGAUGUUUCCCUUCAAAAUCUUAAACUGCAUCCAGAGCUGUUACUCCACAAGAGGAACCCCGACGCAAAAGUGUCGGCCUUCGAUGGAGCUUUGGGCAGCUUGUAUGAUAAAUUCAUUGUUACCACACCAAAUGCUAGUGCAUUAUGCGCCCCGCCACUUGGAAGCAAUCGACCUCAACCAUACGUCUCUCAAUAUUGUCAUUUUCCCAUUAUUCGUUCUGCACUAUUGAACCCAUCUGAUUCCCAUCCCGACGCUCUGCUAUACUGGCUUCCGAGCAAGACUGACUUCUACAAAGCUGAUUCUGCUGGUGAAUGUAGGGGUCCAGGAUUCCUACUCCAUCAUAAGUUUGUCUGGUUCCAAAAAUGGGUAGAUAAAACUGUAGAACGUGGGAAGGGGGCAACAUUUUCUGAAGGGGCUGAGGAUUUAAAGCAUGGCUAUAUGGUGUUGCUCCAUGACCUUCUGGAAUGCCUUCAGCACCUUCCCAUGUCUCUUGAAAAGGUGCAAUUAAGUGUGUGGGAGACUCAGCAUGUUGUACUCUAUUUGCAGGUGCUGAUAGAUUAUAUGUUGAUCUAUAAACCCUGUAUGGAUACUGCAGCAGACAGUUCAGUGCCACGAAAAGCAGAUCCUGAGCUGAUGGGAGCAUUUACGAAUGAUGCUCAGAUUGCGCAGAGCUUUUUCCAUGCAGGGAUUCCAGUGUGGAUCAUUUGGCAUGUCGAUCAACUUCCAAACAUCUGUAUCGACAAGACAGAUCAUUUCCGAGAGCCACAUUUCUUCAUGCCCCUUGACCAGCAUCGUGCUAAGUUCUGCCCUAUCUUCAAAGGUCAUGGAUUGACUGCCAAAAAAUACUAUGCCUUUGACAGGUUUACAUGUAGCCACGUCCGAUUCCUGAAUGUUUUUACUUGGACGCAAAGCACUGGCUCACUUCCAUUAAUUAAUCCUCCCAUCCCUGCAUCAACAUUGUCUCCCAUAUCAUCAAGAAAAGGCCGAAAAAUGUCGCCUUACUCUCGGCAAUCACUGAAUAAUAACUCGUCGUCUUCUUCAAAGUGUUUUGUUGAUCGGAUGCCUGCACAUUCAUUCCUUCCACCUGUUGUUGCUGUUUGGGGUCAUGGCUUAUCCACUCUUGUGUUUGAUAAAUCUCGUUGCAUUGGAUCUGUCGGCGCAAAACCACGUGGAUAUGCCUUGCCUCCUCCUUCUUGUCUUACUACUGCUAAGAAUCCCCAUAAAAUACAGAUGAUGUUCAAGUUCUGGCUACGUAUUUGCGUUCCCAUGAUUGCUCGCCUUUCAUCGACCUUCUACACUCCUGCUCUUAUGGAUCAGAAUAGCUGGAAGACUCUCGUAUCGCUCAACUACCUCGGCAUGGCAUCCCAACAAGAAAGCAGUGACACUAAAGCUGCUAAACGGCAGGACAAAAUGAGGGAGUUUCUCAAAGGAUGCUGUGACAAGAUUGAAAUGGACUUAGGAACUGCAGAAAAAGAAUCUGUCUUCUGGAGAGGAAAGCCAUUUGCCGAGUUGACAGCUGCAGACCAUCAAUUGUAUGGGAGAUUUCAGAGCUGGAAUUCCAUUUGGAGCUUGCAGAGCUGGACCAUAUGA